AUGGACUUCUCCUCCCAGUAUCAGUAUGGCGCAUCUGCCGGCGCCGCCGCUACCGCCAACGGACAGCAGGUAUACGGUUUCCUGGGCCCGAUGCAACCCCUAACGCCCUCGCACUCCGCAUCUGCCGGCUCCGAGGACUUUGGGGGACACACAUCACCGCCCGAAGGGUUUGACGCCACCGCCCUCGCCGGCGACGACUUUUCCGGCUACGACUACGGCUCGACGGGCUUGACGCCGGGGAACCUGCACGGCGCCUUUCCCGGGCCGCCCACCCCUCCGAACCCGGCCGCCGGCGCGUUCGCCUCAGUAGCCCAGCAGCAGCCGCACGGCAUACACGUGCUGCCCGACCAUCAACAACACCAGCAGAAGCAGCACAGCCCAGACGACGGGCAGGGCGCAAGGGCAAACUCGGAUGAUGAGGAGCUGACGCCCGCGCAGUCGCGGCGCAAGGCCCAAAACCGAGCUGCGCAACGAGCGUUCCGCGAGCGCAAAGAGCGACACGUCAAGGACCUCGAGACCAAGCUUGCCGGGCUCGAGGCCGCCCAGCAGCAAGCAUCCGUCGAAAACGAGCAGCUGCGACGGGACCUCGCCAAGAUGUCCACCGAAAACGAGAUCCUCCGCGCCACCUCCAGCCUCCCCAACCAACACCAACAAUCACAUCACCACCAGUCCUCCGCCUCACCGCCGAUCGCGACGACCACCGGCCCGGCCGAGUACCACCCGACCGACUUUUACUCCAACGUCCUCCGUGGGCACGGCUCUGCCGACCAGCCGCCCUCGCACCGCGUCGUCGUCGGCGACGACGGCGCCCGCCUGUUCGCCGCCGGCGCCACGUGGGACUACAUCGUCUCGCACGAGCUCUUCCGCCGCGGGCUGGUCGACGUCGGCGGCGUCGCCGAGCGGCUUCGUAGCGCGGCCCGGUGCGACGGCCAGGGGCCCGUGUUCCCCGAGGCGGCCAUCCUGGCGGCCAUUGAGCAGAGCGUGGCCGGCGGGUCGGACGACUUGCUGUAG